CAGAUGCCAAUCGGCAAAUGGUAAUCAGUAUAAUUUUUAUGUGUGUGUUCUAUUGAGUCUUAAUUCAAACAUUAGUAUCAUGACGAAACCACGACCAUGUGGUUGCAAAGGUUGCAGAACCUGUUUGAUAUGCGAAACUCAAUACGGCGCUGAGAAUUUAAAACUUCAACUUAAACUUGACCACGAAAAAGGUUAUGUUUAUUGUCCAUUUUGUAACAAAGCUUGGAAAGGAUGGGAUAUAGACUCUUACAAGGAACAUCCAUAUCAUCAAGGCGAACCUAUAGAAUACCCUGGUGUGUAUAUUCAAUUAGAUUUUCUAAGCGAAGAUGAAGAAAAAUCUUUAAUGGAAAAUAUCGAUGAGAUGCCGUGGGACAUUUCACAAAGCGGGCGAAGGAAGCAAAACUAUGGACCAAAGGCUAAUUUUAAAAAGAAAAAACUGGUGCCCGGCCAGUUCGGCGGAUUUCCAAGAUUUUCUAAGUUUAUUCAAGAAAGAUUCGACAGUGUUGAUUUAUUGAAAGGGUAUCAAGUGAUAGAACAGUGUUCUUUGGAAUAUGAUCCGAGAAAAGGAGCCUCGAUAGAUCCUCAUAUCGACGAUUGCUGGGUGUGGGGCGAGAGAAUUGCGACAGUAAAUUGUUUAUCAGACACAGUACUUACAAUGACAAGAUAUAAGGGUGAAAAUACGAAAUAUAAUCUGUAUAGUGCUGAAGAAUAUCCUGCAUUGCUGAGCAGGGAAGGGAGAUUUCUAAACGAUUGGGAAAAAGAGAACACUAAUCCAUUAGAAAUCUCUAAAUCUCAGUUAACUAGGGAUGCCAUCAUCAGAAUACCAAUGCCAAGGAGAUCAUUGCUUAUCAUAUAUGGAGAGCCUCGAUAUCACUGGGAACACUGUGUACUCCGUGAAGACAUAACUUCAAGAAGAGUAUGCAUUGCAUACCGUGAAUUCACUCCACCAUAUUUGACAGGUGGAGGGCAUCAAGAGCUAGGCAAGGAAAUAACAGACAGGGCAAAAAUAUUUUGGAACCAUGAGAUGUUAUUAAAGCAAGAUAUCCAGCAUGGACCUAGGUUAUUUAUUAAUUAAAUUAUUACCAAAUUAUAACUUUUUGAUUGUUUAAUAGUUAUGAUUUAUGUGAUUUUCUCUAAACUCCACAUAUAUUACAAAAUAAGUGGACAUAUUUUAGCUGCAUAUUCAGCAGCCUGUCUUAUUCUAAAUUGUUAUGGUGACCUGAUUUUUUUUAAAUAAAGAUUUCAUAGAAAGAUUUAAAACAUUUUAGAUGAAAGAUAAUAACUGUGGUAAUUUUUCAUCACUUAAUCUUCACUUAAAUUAUGCUAAGCUUUUUUUUAAUUCACUUUCAUGUAUUGACAUUUGUAGUUUUAUUAUUUUAAUACAAAUUUCAAAUCUAUUUAGAAUAACUUUGCACUGCAUAUUUGGCCUGUGAUAUGGACUAGCGAUUAAUAUAUUUAUGUUUAAAUAUAUUUAGCUCAAGCCCUUCACAAUCAAUAUUUGUAGCAUUAUUAUUAUUGAUUAAAUUGAUACAAUGUUUAUUGCACAAGUAAUUUUAAGUUUAUGUCCAUGAAGUUCAUUUUAGAAGCCACAAUCUAAGGUUUUAUAAUAUCAUUAAUAUGUCGUAUUAGUAACUGUUCAUAAUCAAAUAUUGUUAUCAUUUUAUCAAUAAGAUAAAAUAUGAUGAUUAUAUUGUUCCUUUCAGCUUAGGUUUUCUAGGUUAAACAUAUAUUUGGCUGUUUUAAUUAUUUGUUCGUAAUUGGGGCUUUUUUGUUACGUAACAUAAUUUUUUUGUGUGUCGGCCGAAGUUACACGUGAUAUUUAGUGUAUUUAAAGAAAUAGUAAUAACUUCAAAGCGAUUUCGUUUACUAUAUUUUCAAUUAAAUAAUAAAACGUAGCAUUAUUUUAUAAAUUUGCUGUAAUCACCAAAUUAUUCAAUGUUUUAUAGGUUUUUGUGAAACCUAACAUAUUUUUUUAUCUUUCUCGACCUCGUAUCUUUAAGGAAUUUUCGAGUUAAAUCGAAAUCAUGAAAAUAAUCUUUUGGUUAACCUUAACAUAAAUUAUGUUGUUAAAAUAUAUUUUUCAAAUAACUUUACACAUACCAUGCAUGAUAAACAUUGAUUUGAACCUCAUUACAUCUAAAUUUGGACAUGUAAAAUUACGUUUUUAAGAUAUAAGGAUGAGAAAAUAAGUAAAAAUCAUUUACAUUGUACCUGUCUUUAUUAGACUGCUAGAACGUAAUGGACUUACUAACGCCCGUAUUACAAACUUAGCUAAGUACAGAGCAAUGGUAUUAUGAAAUAUCUAUUUCACAUUGCUUUUCGGAUGAAAACUUUCGCUGUCCGUAGGCAUAGGACAGAACGUAGCGCUGUGAUUGGUCCAUAUUGAGAUAUGACUUCUUCAGUUAUCUUCAAAGCCAAAGAAAACUAUGAAAUUGCUGACCUUAUGCGUCCGGGUACACUAUGCGUCCUCAAAGUAUUGUUUGUUAAUACGGGUAUUAGGAGCGAUAUAAAUUUGCAUACGCGUGCUGAUCUACGUUAUAAAAUAUUUAAAGGCCGCUACAAAUUUGAAAUAUGGCCUUGCUGGGAGUUUAAUAUGGCCUUGUUUGGUGGUUAAUAUGGCCCAGGCCGGGUUAUAUUUCAAACGUAACGGUUACUAACCGUCAUUGAAGCAUUGUGCUGUUUUUAAACCAAAGAGCACUCCACUUCAAAACAUACGGGAUAUGUUAAUUUAAUAAACAAUUUGGUUUAUAAGUAUUUACUAAUUGUGUAGUGUUUAGUAUUAAUUAUUAUGAUAAAUAAAGAGCCAGUGAGUACA